GCCCCGCCCCGCUCGCAGCGCUGCCCGGCGACGGGGGAGUUCCCGCGAGUGGCCUCGCGCCCAGACCGCGCGGGGGGCUGUUCGGGUGGAGGCGGGGGAGCCGCCGGGACACCAAAAUAGGAGCUGCCUGUGGGGUGGAGCGGCACUAGCUGGCGGCCUCCGAGCGCCUCUUCCAAAGAUGGUCAGAGGGGCCGGAGGCGUCCCCGCUCCCGCUCGCUGCUAGCCCGCGGGCCAGCGCCGCGUCCCGAGCCCCGGCGGGAGCCAUGGCUUUAAAAGGACAAGACGAUUAUAUUUAUCUUUUCAAGGAUUCAACACAUCCAGUGGAUUUUCUGGAUGCAUUCAGAACAUUUUACUUGGAUGGAUUAUUUACUGAUAUUACCCUUCAGUGUCCUUCAGGCAUAAUCUUCCAUUGUCACCGAGCCGUUUUAGCUGCUUGCAGCAAUUAUUUUAAGGCAAUGUUCACAGCUGACAUGAAAGAAAAAUUUAAAAAUAAAAUAAAACUCUCUGGCAUCCACCAUGAUAUUCUGGAAGGCCUUGUAAAUUAUGCAUACACUUCCCAAAUUGAAAUAACUAAAAGAAAUGUUCAAAGCCUGCUUGAGGCAGCAGAUCUGCUACAGUUCCUUUCAGUAAAGAAGGCUUGUGAGCGGUUUUUGGUAAGGCACUUGGAUAUUGAUAAUUGUAUUGGAAUGCACUCCUUUGCAGAAUUUCAUGUGUGUCCAGAACUCGAGAAGGAAUCUCGAAGAAUUCUGUGUUCAAAGUUUAAGGAAGUGUGGCAACAAGAAGAAUUUCUGGAAAUCAGCCUUGAAAAGUUUCUCUUUAUCUUGUCCAGAAAGAAUCUCAGUGUUUGGAAAGAAGAAGCUAUCAUAGAACCAGUUAUUAAGUGGACUGCUCAUGAUGUAGAAAAUCGAAUUGAAUGCCUAUAUAAUCUACUGAGCUAUAUCAACAUUGAUAUAGAUCCAGUGUACUUAAAAACAGCCUUAGGCCUUCAAAGAAGCUGCCUGCUAACUGAAAAUAAGAUCCGCUCUCUAAUAUACAAUGCCUUGAAUCCCAUGCAUAAAGAGAUUUCCCAGAGAUCCACAGCCACAAUGUAUAUAAUUGGAGGCUAUUACUGGCAUCCUUUAUCAGAGGUUCACAUAUGGGAUCCUUUGACAAAUGUUUGGAUUCAGGGAGCAGAAAUACCAGAUUAUACCAGGGAGAGCUAUGGUGUUACGUGUUUAGGACCCAACAUUUACGUAACUGGGGGCUACAGGACGGAUAACAUAGAAGCUCUUGACACAGUGUGGAUCUAUAACAGUGAAAGUGAUGAAUGGACAGAAGGUUUGCCAAUGCUCAAUGCCAGGUAUUACCACUGUGCAGUCACCUUGGGUGGCUGUGUCUAUGCUUUAGGUGGUUACAGAAAAGGGGCUCCAGCAGAGGAGGCUGAGUUCUAUGAUCCAUUAAAAGAGAAAUGGAUUCCUAUUGCAAACAUGAUUAAAGGUGUGGGAAAUGCUACUGCCUGUGUCUUACAUGAUGUUAUCUACGUCAUUGGUGGCCACUGUGGCUACAGAGGAAGCUGCACCUAUGACAAAGUUCAGAGCUACAAUUCCGAUAUCAACGAAUGGAGCCUCAUCACCUCCAGUCCACAUCCAGAAUAUGGAUUGUGCUCAGUUCCGUUUGAAAAUAAGCUCUAUCUAGUCGGUGGACAAACUACAAUCACAGAAUGCUAUGACCCUGAACAAAAUGAAUGGAGAGAGAUAGCUCCCAUGAUGGAAAGGAGGAUGGAGUGCGGUGCCGUCAUCAUGAAUGGAUGUAUUUAUGUCACUGGAGGAUACUCCUACUCAAAGGGAACGUAUCUUCAGAGCAUUGAGAAAUAUGAUCCAGAUCUUAAUAAGUGGGAAAUAGUGGGUAAUCUUCCCAGUGCCAUGCGGUCUCAUGGGUGUGUUUGUGUGUAUAAUGUCUGAUUGAAUCUGCAGAAAUGACCAAGCAAUCACUGUUUUGGAGUAUAGUUUAAAAUGCAGGGUUUGAAGUUCCUUACCUGGCAAUUGUGUCUGGCACAUGAUAGGGGAUCAGUAAAUUGUAAUUCCUAACCCCACUCUACUUCCAAAUGUGGUGAUUCAUGGUCAAGAAAAAUCUUAUGUAUAUACACAGUUGAAUCAGUGGGAUUAAUACCUAUAAUCUCUGCUUUUCAAAGGUAAUAUGGAAUAUUUGACACCUGGUAAAAGGUGAACUACCUUUGUAGUGAAUCUUUUCCUCUUGGUAGCAUCAACACUGGGGAUCGAUCAGAACCAUUCUGUGAAAUGAAAUGUUUCUCAAGAGCCUAUGAUAUAGUAGAUAGCAUAUAUUAAGAUGUCUGGCUGGGCAUGGUGGCUCGUGCCUGUAAUCCCAGCAUUUUGGGAGGCUGAGGCAGGAGGAUCACUUGAGCCUAGGAGUCGGAGACUAGCCUGGCGAGACCGUGUCUC